GGGAUUAGCGCCGAGCGCCCUAAACCUUGUUAGAUGAGCAUCAAAUCCUCGAUCGAGCACUGAUCCGAGACCAUACAAGUUCCCAGACUGAAGACUGCCUCCUCGACCAAUUCAGUUAUAAUUGCGUCAUUACGUAAGCAUUCCGGCAAGUACCGUGAACAACCCCAUCGAGCAACAGCUCCUCUUCUCCGUAACGUUUUGCCUUCGUUCCGCUUCGACAAGUGCUCCCAGUAUGUCCUUAACAUCUGGCGCAAUGCGCCGGCUUAUGAAAGAAAUCACGACCCUGCGAACUUCUCCACCUGACGGCAUACGGAUCGCCACCAACGAUGAAGAUAUACUCGAUGUCAUUGGUAUCGUGGCCGGCCCCGAGGGGACACCGUAUGAAGGAGGAUAUUUCAAGAUAAGGUUUCAAUUUACGGAAGAGUUCCCCGCAGCUCCCCCAAAAUGCACGAUGAUAACCCGUAUAUUCCAUCCCAACGUCUCAAAGUCGGGGGAAAUCUGCGUUAAUACUCUGAAGAAGGAUUGGAAGAAAGAAUAUGGGAUUGCACACAUUCUGAUUACAAUCAAAUGUUUACUUAUUUACCCUAACGCGGAGUCGGCCCUCGAUGAGGCUGCAGGGAAGCUGCUCCUCGAAAAUUACGACGAGUACUUCAAACACGCGAAGCUUAUCACUCAGUGGUACAUCCUGCCUCGUCGAGCCGGUCACCACCAGCGAUCUCAAUCCCAGCCCCUAUUCCUCGUGAGAUCAUCCCUCCGACGAACAACAUCACACCAGUCAAGUCAAUGAAGACGUCUGCUACGCUCAUUGCGCAUCUCGCUCCGCCGGAGCACGCCGAACCGUUGCAGCUUUCUCCAUCGAACAACAACAGCACCACGAAAAUCUCCACAACCUCAUCUUCAUCUACUAUUGUUACGAGCUCGAGUGUAGCUUCUCUGAACAGUAGCGCCUCGGGAAAUAAACCCCGAGCAGCGGGCCUUUACAGCC